ACUUUCGGUUCAUUCGCUUGCCAUGUGUUCAAACGUGCGCUAUCCGUCGACAUCACACACUAAAACAAUAACAUAGCGGCAGUUUAAUGUUUCGGUAACGGAAAAAAUCAAGUCGUUCGCAAAGACGAGAAAACAGUCGAAUUGGAUAGGUCUGCGCGUGGAUAAGUUUCGUGGUGAUUAAUUUUUUUUUUUUUUACUUGGUCGCGCUUUACAUUUUUCUUGUUUUUAUUUAUUUAAAAAAUCGUUAAACGUUAAAAACUAAAAUAUUGUGCAUUUAUAAGAAAAUGAUUUCGACAAAAGUUGAAUAGAAAAAAAUUUAACGGAGAAAUUCUAAAAAUGAAUCAAAUUACUUUAUUUCGAAUUUUGUAAUUUUUAUUUUUAAGAUUAAAGUGAAUUUUCCCAUAAAGUGUAAUUUGUUUAUUUAAAAUCAACACACUUGUAUUUCAUACUGUGUUAACAUUUUGAAUAAGCACACUCGCGUAAAUGAUCAAACCAAUUUGAAAUUGUGGAUGCGUCCAGUUUAAGAUACACAAAUAAAAGAACGUGUUGCUUAAAGUGAGGGAGAAGAAAGAGGAAAAAUCGAGAAAGAAAGAUUGAGGAGACAUUGGAUCAUAAAAUGUCGAAGGAACAUUCAAUCGAAAUGAUCGGCACCGAUCGCCCAAAUCGAUUUCAAGUUAAUCCUGUUAGCACAAGCAAAACAACAAAUAACACCAGUGACAUCGAUGGCGAAAUAUUCGAAGAAGAUACAUUCGAUGACGAUGACAUUGUGCUACGUAAUAAUCGGCGAUCAUCAAGAUUGAAUUCGCUAUCGCUGAGGAGCAGUUUCCGUGACAAAGAUAAACCAGCCAAAUAUAAAGACAUGCAAACAACUCGAUUUCAAGUACCCAAAAACGAUGACUCCGACUCAAAUGGAGAAGAUCGCGAUAAUUUAUUGGAUGAGUAUGACACAAAUUGUCGUCGAAGUUUCUUGCAUUUCACCAGAGAAGCAUUGCCCCGAUUUGAAAAUUACAGAAAUAUUUUAUCAAUACAAGCUGUCUAUCAGAAUCGUCCAACUUUGGAUGAUUUACACAAUGCCACACUGUCAAAUAACCAAAUGAAUGUGCCAGUUGUGGAUCCAGAUCUAGAAGAUGUUGGCAUUAAAUUUGGAUGGAUCAAAGGCGUAUUAAUGAGAUGCAUUUUAAAUAUUUGGGGUGUUAUGCUGUUUUUGCGCUUGAGUUGGGUCGUGGGUCAAGCAGGCAUCAUCGAAGGAGUCAUUUUGAUUUUAACAACAACGGUCGUUACGACAAUUACAGCUCUUUCCAUGUCAGCCAUUUCAACAAAUGGAGUGGUCAAAGGAGGUGGCACAUACUAUAUGAUUUCGCGAUCGUUGGGCCCCGAAUUUGGUGGCAGUAUUGGAUUGAUAUUUUCGUUGGCAAAUGCUGUUGCAUGUGCAAUGUACGUGGUUGGAUUUUGUGAGUCAAUGAAUUCAUUGCUUGCAUCGUUCGGCAUAAGCAUUAUCGAUGGUGGUGUAACAGACGUUCGCAUUAUUGGUAGCAUAACGAUUUUCAUUCUAUUAAUCAUUGUUGUGGUUGGAAUGGAAUGGGAGGCAAAAGCACAAAUUGUCCUGUUGAUUAUUUUGUUAAUAGCCAUUGGAGAUUUUUUUAUCGGCACCAUAUUCGGACCAAAAAGUGACAUCGAAAAAGCAAAAGGAUUUGUUGGAUACAAUGCGACAAUAUUUAGGCAGAACCUUCAGCCAGACUAUCGUGUCCAUGAUGGUGUGCAGCACAAUUUUUUUACGGUGUUCAGUAUUUUUUUCCCAGCAGCUACAGGAAUUUUGGCUGGAGCAAACAUCAGCGGAGAUUUAAAGGAUCCGUCUCAUUCCAUUCCACAAGGGACAAUAUGGGCGAUUUUCAUUACAGCCACCACUUAUAUUAUUAUGGCAAUUGCAGCCGGUGCUUCGGUUGCGCGUGAUGCAACUGGACGACUUGAAGAUACAAACGGCACGUUUGCAUUUUUGAAAGCUUGUACACCGGGCACAUGUCAUUACGGUUUACACAAUUCAUUUGAAGUAAUCGAAUUGGUUUCCGUAUUCGGUCCAUUGAUUUAUGCUGGUUGCUUUGCAGCAACACUUUCAUCAGCACUGGCAAGUCUUGUUUCCGCGCCAAAAGUUUUUCAGGCAUUAUGCAAAGAUAAACUAUAUCCAAUGGAAUCUGUUCAAGAAUGGUUUGCACGCGGAUACGGCAAGAAUAACGAACCGGUUCGAGGUUAUAUUUUAACAUUCAUCAUAUCAAUUGCUUUUAUAUUGAUUGGAGAAUUAAAUGCGAUAGCGCCACUUAUUUCAAAUUUUUUUUUGGCCGCAUACAUGUUGGUUAACUUUAGUACGUUUCACGCAAGUCUUGCAAAGCCGGUGGGAUGGAGACCAACCUUUCGAUAUUAUAAUAUGUGGUUAAGUUUAUUGGGCGCUGUAUUGUGUGUUGCCGUUAUGUUUUUAAUCUCAUGGACAACCGCUGUAUUAACGUUUGCCGCUGUUAUAGCAUUAUACCUCAUUGUAAGUUACGGAAAACCAGAAGUAAAUUGGGGAAGUACAACACAAGCACAAACCUAUAAAAAUGCAUUGCUUUCGGUUUUACAAUUGAAUAAUGUUGAUGAGCACGUGAAAAAUUAUCGACCUCAAAUAUUGGUACUGAGCGGAAUGCCAAAUUCAAGGCCAAUUUUAAUUGAUUUUGCCGAUUUGUUGACCAAAAAAUUAUCGCUCAUGAUAUGUGGUCAUAUCAUUGAAGGUGCAUCGACGCAACGUGAACGAGUUUUUCUACAACGUCAAGCUCGCGAAUGGUUUAAAAAACAUAAAAUCAAAGGAUUUUAUACGAUUGUCGAUGGUGAAAAUUUCGAAACCGGAGCCAGAGCUUUAUUACAAGCGUCUGGAGUUGGAAAGCUUAAACCAAAUAUUGUUUUAAUGGGCUAUAAAGCCGAUUGGCAAAGCUGCCACAAAGAUGAACUUCAAUCCUACUUCAAUACCAUUCACAAGGCCCUCGAUAUGCACAUGGCCGUCGCCAUACUGCGUGUGGAAAAGGGUUUGGAUUAUUCUCGUACUCUGGGUGAGGACAAUGAAAAGCAGACAGCAACCGAAGAGCAAAGAAUUAUUCAGCCCAAUGAUAGUACAACGGAUUUGCUGGCAAAUUCUCAAGUGAAUGGAAGCAAUGAAUCACUUAGCCGAAAUGCAUCACAAGCUGUGAAUGACAAGACAAACCUCAACAAUAAUAACAACAAAAAUUUGCACAAAGCCAGUAGUAUAAGCGAUCUGUCUGUGAUGACAAGCCCAUUGUCUGGGAUCAGCAAUGUACGGGUUACUAUAUCACCUGAUCCGCACGAUAAGCGAAAUGUUGAGUUGGAGACUUAUUUGCGUAAAACAAACAAACGAACAACGACAGAGAAGCGAUCAUCAUUGUACACUGCACCAAAUGGCGAUGAGCUUCCAAAAUACGUGAUUCAAGAAUUGACCAUGUUCACUCGCAAACGAAACAAAGCUAUAAUUGAUGUAUAUUGGUUGUACGACGACGGUGGUUUGACAUUACUUUUACCGUAUAUCAUAAGUACGCGACGAAAUUGGGAAUCGGCAAAAUUACGGGUGUUUGCAUUGGCCAAUAAAAAAGAUGAAAUCCAAUGCGAACUGUCAUCGAUGGCAAGUUUAUUGGCAAAAUUCCGAAUUGAUUACUCUGACCUCGAGCUACUGACCGACAUCACAAAAAAACCCGAAGAGUCCACUUAUUACUAUUUUAAGGACUUAAUUCGAAAUUUCACAAGCAAAGAAAGAGAACUGUGUGACAAUCCAAAUGAAUCGAUUUUCAUUGAAGACAGUGAAUUGUUGGCCGUUAAGGAUAAGACGAAUCGAUAUUUAAGAUUACGGGAGAAUCUCUUAAAAAAUUCCAUGAAUUCAGAUAUGAUUGUUAUGACAUUGCCUAUGCCUAGAAAGAACGUUGUUUCUGCACCACUCUAUAUGGCAUGGCUUGAAAGUUUAAGUCGUGGUUUACCGCCAUUGUUAUUCGUACGGGGCAACCAAAGCAGCGUAUUAACAUUUUAUUCAUAGUUUUUAGUAGUGUUUCAUUCUGUACAUGUCUUCUUCAUAAUGAAAUCAAUUUCUUUUACUCAAAACCAAUUUUCAUAAUCGACAAGUAUGUAAUAUGAGAAAAUUAUAGUCCAAUUAUUUUUUGAUUCUUCUUCGAUAAUUGAGUAAUUGAAAACAUAUCGAAAUAAAUUAUAUUUGGAUAUUUAUUGAGUAUAUCAGACUCCCUUCAGUUUUUCGCUCUGCACCAUAGCACAGUUGUGUUUCAAAAGAUUUUAUUGAGUUUUGUUCUACUUUUUUCACAUUUUCACAACAAGUUGCCACCGGAAUCGGAUACAAGAAAAAAAUGUUCGUCAAUAUUCAGUCUUUUAAAUAACCUCGAUGUAAAAAAUUAACAUAGUCACUCAAAGAAUCAACUUUUAUUUGAUUGUAGUAUAAGUGUUCUUAAGAUUCCGGUAUAGUAAAUUCCCUUCCUGAUAAAAUCUUCUAUAUGCGGCUCAUCGGUUUUUUAAAAGUUUUCGCUGCGUGAAAAUUUAUUCAAAUAUAAUUUUGCUGUUCCACUAGAUCUGAUAUUUUGUUUACAAAAAUAACGGUACAUUUUUCUCAUCAUAAGAAAAGUAUUGGCAAUGGUUGAAUAUGUUUUCGAUCGAUUUGAUCCUGACCGUGCUGCUCGACGUUCUGUACGACGUGCUCUCAUUUCAGCAUUUAUUUGGCGAUUUAAUAAUUUCACUUCGGCACGACGUCGACACAAUGUACAAAAAUACUGAUUUUCGACUGAGAGUUGGGAUGAUUUCUUGCAUGAUAUUGCGAACGUCAUUGCGAACAGUUUUCAAACCAUGUCGCAAUUCAUUGCACUACAGAAGUGUGUAGGCACUAGUAAGUACCCACACUUGAUCCAAAAAAUCAAGUGAAGCAAAAAAGAGCUCAAACAGUUGGUUUGAUUAUAUAUUUUUUUUUUUUGGUUUUUAAACCAAUUUUCUCUCAAAUACAAGUAAAUCGUUUAAGACUAGAAAAAGUUCAAAAUCAAUUCAUUUUCGCAAUUAUUACUAAAAAAGAACAAUUACCACAGAAUACACCGUACGACAAAAAAAAAAUGACUUAGUUUGAUUUGAGCUUCGUGAAUAGGGCGUUGUAGUAGAUGGAAAAGAUAGAAAAACUGCAUCUUUGGUUUGUUCCAUAUACCUCUGUUUAGAAAAGUUAUGACAUUUGGUAAAUCUUCCGUACAAAUCUGAAAAGAGCGACUUUUAAACUGUAUACUUUUUUCAUUCAAAAUUGGUAAACAUGUGUAUUUGGGGGGGGGGGUCUUUUCAACGGUCCACAGAUCACGAAACUACUGCAAAGUGAUGAGUUUUCUGUUCUUUUAACUCCAAUCGAAAAAAGAGCCUUCGCUGCUAUAAAGAAUGUCAUCGACAAUUUCUUGGGCAAGCUAUAGCGGCAAUUGAGCAACAUUAUAAAGGAAAAGACCCUUGCCACAUGCUUGGUGAAUAUUGUUGGUCAAUUUGCCGUGAAACAUUGCAAGAACAACACAAGCGCCAAUGCAAUCGGCCACAUUUUUAAUCAAAUAUGCUCUUUUGAGAAUAAUUUUUUUUGAUUUUUGUUCCAAUAAAAUGUUUUAAUAAUAAAUAAGUAAUAAUACAGUAUUUUCUACAAAAAAAAUUGAAUUGAUUGAUUUUUUGGUCAUUUUUUGACCAAUUUUGCUAUUUUUUGUAUGAAAAUUUUAUUCAAACGUGAUGGGAUCUCAAAAUAAAGGUCAUAUUCGGAUUCCCCGUACCAAAAAACCCCCAAAUACACAUGUUUACCAAUUUUGAAUGAAAAAAGUAUACAGUUUAAAAGUCGCUCUUUUCAGAUUUGUACUGAAGAUUUACCAAAUGUCAUAACUUUUCUAAACAGAGGUAUAUGGAACAAACCAAAGAUGCAGUUUUACUAGUUUUUCCAUCUACUACAACGCCCUAUUCACGAAGUUCAAAUCAAACUAAGUCAUUUUUUUUUGUCGUACGGUGAUAUAUAUAUACAAGUCUUUCUUUUCUAUGACAACCUCUUAAAUAAAUUGAAUAGUUCCGAAGUUCAAAAUGAAAAAAAAAAUUGUAAAAGCUUCCUUUAGUCCGAUUGAAGCGCACAAAGCAUUUAUGCACAUUACAAUAAAUUAAAGUCUAUGCAUCAAUUCAUUAAACGCAUAGAUUAGGUUAGAUCAAAUACAAAUUAUUCGUUAUAAGAGACAUUUUAAAGUCAAAGUAGUUAGAAUAGACGUGAAUCAAUCGAAACUGCACAUGUAAGCAUUAGCCUACACCUCCCUAUAGCUAAGUGAAAAAUGUAAACAAUAAAAAUCCAUACUUAUAAUAAAUAAAGCACAA